AUGUACGCGUUCUACGUGUACUCGCACCAGGACGCGCCAGAGAAGUCCCUGGGACACGAGCCGUUCGUGAAGUUUCACGGGCUGUUCCUGAAGGGCGUCAAGGAGCUCGCCGAGCCCAUGCCUCCGCCGACCUAUGAGGGCAUCCAGCUGAGCAUCCUUCCGUACGCGAACUUCUGGAAUCUCAUAGACAAGAACAAGUUCUGCGCCACCGCUCAGGACGCUAAGGACGGGCUCGCCCUGGCAGCCGACCAAUUGUUGGUACGAAAGCCUGUUGGUUCGACCUACGCCGACGUCAAUGUGUAUGCACACACAGUGAAGCUCGCCACUCCAGAUAGACCGCUCGGCGACAAGGAUGUACAGAUCGUUGUGCGCGAGACGGGCGUCUACAUUCUCGUCUUCUCGAACUGCGGGGACGUGCAAGACGCGACUGUACAGGGGAGUGUCCUGGUGAAGAAUGCUUACGGGUUCCUGCCUGGCAGCGAGUACCACAAGUUGCCCUUCUAUGGCUGGCUGUCCCUUUUCUAUUCCUUUGCUGGACUGAUCUGGAUGAGCUUGUCGCUGCGAUAUUGGCGGGAGCUCUUCCACAUCCAGUACUGCAUUGCCGUCGUCGUAUUUCUCGGCCUUGUGGAGGCGUUCCUGUGGUGGAUAUUCUUCAACGAUUGGAACCACACGGGCAUUCGUGGCAGGUUUCUGUUCAUCAUGGCCAUAUUGUCCUCUGUUCUGAAGUCGAUCUUCUCGUACAUGCUCGUGUUGGUCGCUUCGCUGGGCUGGGGCGUCACACGCCCAUACCUGGAUCAGAGAACAAUCAUGAAGGUUCAGGGCAUGGCCUUUCUCUACAUAGUUCUGGACUUCAUCAGAGAGUCUGUUCUCUCGUUCAGGCACAGCCACUCGCUGACGCUCACCUUCGUGCUGCUCUGCUUGCUGCCAGUAGCGCUGCUGAACGGCGCCAUCUUUUAUUGGAUCUUCACUGCGCUGUCAAGCCUCAUGGAGACUCUGCGGGACCGCCGGCAGAUGGAAAAGCUCGUCCUGUUUGAGCGGCUGUGGAGGAUCUUAGUCUUCGCUCUCGCGGUCGCGUCUUGCACGCUGCUGUUCCAGAUCUUCGAUUUGUCCCGCAGCAUCAGCAUCAGGUGGCACUACCAGUGGUUCUUCGCCGACGGCAUGUCUCACAUCCUCUUCAUGCUUGUUCUCGCGGCGAUGAUGUACCUGUGGGCGCCACACACGAACUCCCAGAGGUACGCCUACGAUAAGGUGGCAGACGACGAGGACGAGGACGGCGCGAAGGCAACUGAGUGGGCCGACGAGGCUGGGGACGACGCGGAUGACGAGAGUUUCUGGGCAACCACGCACAAGAAACCCAGCGAGGGCGUGACUACGACGUCUGCGGCCGCAGAGAAGAUCGGUGCCGGCUCCGAGGCGGACUGA